CUAGCCAUUUAUAUAUGUGUAAGAGACCAGAAUUGAGUGGAAUGCUAUCUUAAACAAGUCAAAAAUCUGUUAUAACAUUUACAUAUACUACUUAAAUGAAGAAAGGUAAAACACCCCACAAAAUUCCAACUGAUAAUCACCCUAUUCAGACACUGGUGAAUAUGUCCCUCAGUCCAAGCCGACCUUCUUCAUCAGAGUUGGUGGAACUUCAUGUUUUCUAUGUCCCUGAAGGAUCAUGGAACUAUAAGCUAAAUACUAUUUCAAUAGAAGUUGUUAACAAAUUCAUUUCAGCUGGAUUUAUAAGAGUAUCUCCUCACCUUACUUUACAAGCCCUGAGAGAGCGUCUCGGUGAGUUCCUUGGUGAAGAUGCUGUUGCAGAAAAAUUUUUAUUUCUGAAAUGCAUUGGAAAUAAUCUAGCUGUGGUGAAGGCAAAGCAAGAAUCAGAACUGAAACUCAAGUCAUUUGUUCCUCCAUAUGCUCUUCAGCCAGAAUUAUAUUUGCUUCCUAUAAUGGAUCACUUAGGAAAUAUUUAUUCAGCAUCAACAGUUUCUUUAGAUGAGCGGCAGACUAAUACCGGUGUUGCUGAGGCUGAUGGAAUAAUCCACAGACCAGUUAGUGUAACUUUGGUGAAGGAAGAACCUGGAACAGAUCCCAGUUUUUUAGUAAACACUUUGAAAGAGCUUCUUAACAAGAAUCGAGAAGAAGCAGGGGGAAAAGCCACUCCAAAAGGAAACCAAACUGGAAAAAAUCAAAUUGGAAAUUCUGAAGUGCCAGGAUCAUCAGAAGAAUCAAAUAGUGAUUUAAGAAACAAAAAAAGUCUGUUUCUUUGGAAAAAUGAAGAUGAUAGAGUUAAUACCAUUAGAACAGAGAACAGUCAGAUAAGUAAGAAAGAGUGCAUCACCCUACCAGAUCUUAUUGAUUUUCCUUCACUUCCUUGUCAACCUGCUCUUUCUCCAGUAAUAACUGAUAUCUCUUUAUUACAGAUUGAAAGAGAGAAGAUUAUUGAACAACUGAAACAAGUAAAGAAAGAAAGAAGAUAUCUGGAAAGAAUUAGAGAAGAACUAAUUAAAAAAGUUGAAAAACUAUUUGAGCAAAGCAAGUUGAAGCAAUGUCACGCCUGUGAUGAUUGGAAGAAAAAAUACUUUGAAACAAAGAAAAUCACAGCAUCGUUGGAGGAGGUUUUAACAAAACUUCGAGAAGAUUUAGAACUUUACUAUAAAAAACUGCUCAUGCAGCUUGAAGCCAGGGACAUUAAGAUGAGACCAAAGAAUUUGGCAAACAUCACAGACUCUAAGAAUUACCUUAUAAUCCAGAUCACUGAGGUACAGCAUGCUAUUGACCAACUUAAGAGAAAACUGGAUACUGACAAAAUGAAACUCAUAAUGGAAGCUAAGGUGAGAAAACAAGCAGUUUCAGAUUUACGCAUGCUGAAAACUGAACUGGCACAGAAAAAAAUAACACAUCUGUACAGCCUCAAUUGGUUCCUGGAAAUGUGCCUAAUUAAGAACUCAGCAGAUGACUUCAUCUGUGAUGAAUCAGUCAUAUCAAAAGGUUCAGGGAUGAAUCCAAAGACACAUAUCUCUUUGCCAUUAUUUAGGAGCAUUGGCUGCUGCAAUACAUUCUGACAAGGCCGGACUUUGUUCAUCAUAAGACAUCACAAAGAGAAAGUCACAAGCAUCUGCAAUUCCAGUGUAAUUAUAGCACCUGUCUUUGCACUUUGGAGACCAAGUUACAUCAAAGGUUACCUGUGGAAAAACACGUACCAUUUUAUGUAACAUGAUCAAAUAUGCUUAUUAUGUCAGUUUACUAUAUAUAUUUGCUUCAUACUACCCAAGAAAAAAAGAUCUAUUUACAUAUAUGAACAUAGGGUUCUAUAUGCUUAUAGAAGUAGAACAGUUCUAAGAUAUUUUUACCCAGAUGUGUUAACCCAGACAUAUAUUUGGACAGACACAAUGACCAGGAGCAGGGCACUGUGUAGAAGAGGAAUUUUAAAUGUCUUUAGAGGCUAGACUGGUACCUCAACUGAUUGAAAGAAAUAGACAUAAUGACAAUAGAGUGUAGAUGGGUCACUAAGCAACUAAAGAGUAAGCACAACUAAAAUAAUUCAAGUACAGAAGUUUUUAAAAAUAUUGUGUGGGCUAGAUAGGUCAUCUCUUGGUACAAGUUGACUGUCCUGGGUUGGGAGUCUAAUAUUCAAUUAUGUUACAUGAUAGGUUUAAUCCAACAUUACAGUUAAAGAAAGUGGUUCAUGGCUAUAGGGAUAAACUAAUCAACUCAAAAUGUUGAACAAAUCACUUAAAUGUUAUUUUAUGGGAAUAUUCAAAUAAAACCUGAAUGAUGAA